GCCGUGGUGCCCGGGGGCGUCUUCUGGAGCCGCGGCCUGGAGGAACAGGUGCCGCGGGGCUUCUCGGAGGCCCAGGCGGCGGUGUGGCUGGAGGCGGCGCGCGGCGCCCGGGUCGUGGCCCUGGAGCGCGGAGGCUGCGGGCGGAGUUCCAACCGGCUGGCCCGCUUCGCCGACGGCACCCGCGCCUGCGUGCGCUAUGGCAUCAACCCUGAGCAGAUCCAGGGCGAGGCCCUGUCCUACUACCUGGCGUGCCUGCUGGGCCUCCAGCGCCACGUGCCGCCGCUGGCCUUGGCCCGGGUGGAGGCUCGGGUGGCUCAGUGGGCGCAGGUGCAGGAGGAGCUGCGCGCAGCCCACUGGACCGAGGGCAGCGUGGUGAGCCUGACGCGCUGGCUGCCCAACCUCACGGACGUGGUAGUGCCCGCGCCCUGGCGCUCGGAGGACGGUCGUCUGCGGCCCCUGCGCGCCGCGGGGGGCGAGCUGGCCAAUCGAAGCCGGGCGGAGUUGGUGGACCUGGUGCAAUGGACCGACUUGAUCCUCUUUGAUUACCUGACGGCCAACUUCGACCGGCUUGUCAGCAACCUUUUCAGCCUGCAGUGGGACCCGCGCGUCAUGCAGCGCGCCACCAGCAACCUGCACCGAGGCCCCGGCGGGGCGCUGGUCUUUCUGGACAACGAGGCCGGUUUGGUGCAUGGCUACCGGGUGGCGGGCAUGUGGGACAAAUACAACGAGCCCCUUUUGCAAUCCGUGUGCGUGUUCCGGGAGCGGACUGCGCGGCGCGUCUUGGAGCUGCACCGCGGCCAGGACGCGGCGGCCCGGCUGCUGCGCCUCUACCGGCGCCAGGAGCCCGGCUUCCCGGAGCUGGCGGCGCUCGCCGACCCCCACGCUCAGCUGCUGCAGCGCCGCCUUGACUUCCUCGCCAAGCACAUUUUGCACUGUAAGGCCAAGUACGGCCACCGGCAGGGGACUUAGCAUCACCAGAGGGAGAGAGAGGGAGAAAGAGACUGGCCUU